AUGCGAAACCUCAAGAUCGUGGGCAGGGCGCUCCUGCAGUUCUCGGGCGAAAAUCCCCUGCCCCUCACUGCCACGGCCUGGGACGCCGCAUCGAACUCGUUGAUAUGCGCCUUUGGACCAUCCGAGUCACGUGCUGCCAUGGAGCUCAAACGACUCCACUACACACGCAGCGGUGCCGAAGAGCGACUGGAGAGCAUAGCCGCGUGGGAUGCACCGUGCCCGCUGCCGUCGCUUACACACGACUCGGUAGCAAGCUUGCACCAUUUCGCCGACACAUCGACGACAUGUCUGAUUCUAGCUGGAGGCGACAUCAUCCUAGUCAGAGAAAACCCGCUCUCGAAUGAAGACCUGGUCGAGAUUGUGGGUUCGGUCGACGCCGGUAUUUCUGCUGCAGCAUGGUCGCCGGACGAGGAACUUCUUGCCAUCACCACCCAGGCCGACACACUUCUUCUGAUGAGCCGGGAUAUCGAAAACAUCGCAAGCAUCACGCUCGCACCGGCGGAUGUGAAUGUCUCCAACCACGUGUCUGUCGGCUGGGGGAAGAAGGAGACGCAGUUCAAAGGCAAAAGAGCCAGAGCACUACAGGAUCCCACUGUGCCCGAGCAUAUCGAUGCAGGAGAGUUGAGUCCGUUCGACGAUCGCUCUGUCACCAUCACUUGGCGAGGAGACGGUGCGUACUUUGCCCUCACCAAAGUCGAGCAGGAGCAGCGCCGUAUGAUUCGAGUGUACUCGCGAGAGGGCCAGCUGGAUAGCGUAAGCGAACCAGUCGACGGACUUGAGGGUGCACUCAGUUGGCGCCCUUCUGGAAACUUGAUCGCCAGCGUACGCCGCACCAGCGAGAAGCUAGAAGUCGUCUUCUUUGAACGCAAUGGUCUUCGCCAUGGCCAAUUUGAUUUACGCCUCACGCAGGAAGAGCUUGCUGGUUGGAAGUCACCGUUGACUGUAAAAUGGAAUAGCGACUCGAGUGUGCUGGCCGUAUCGUACGCAGACAGAGUCCAGCUGUGGACUAUGAGUAACUACCACUACUACCUCAAACAGGAGCUCACCUUUCCGUCGCCAGCACGCCAUACGCCGUUGUGCUCAUGGCAUGCCGAGCGACCUCUUGCGGUCGCUGUUUCGACGCCAGAAGCACUGCAGAUCGUUGAGUUCCUGUCUACUACUGCGGUCGGCUCAGUCGCACCACCAAACGACUACGGGCUCGUUGCUUCGAUUGAUGGCUUGUCGCUGAAGCUCACACCACUAAGAAUCGCAAACGUGCCACCACCCAUGGCGUUCUGCACGCUGUCACUAGAACGCAAGGCCAUCGAUAUUGCGCUUUCCCAGUCUGGCACUCGGCUUGCAGUGCUCUCAGAUGACAGCCUGGCAGUGUAUGAGCUCGACGUGACCAAGAGACCUAUAUCGAAACCAUCAAUUCUGUGGCGAAGCCAUGCACUCGCUGGAAUACUACCACGUCAUGUCAGUUUCGUUGGCGAUGAUCAAUUGUGUGUUUUGACAGAUAGCUGGCAUGAAGACGAGAGCUCGCUCUGGAGAAGCGAAGGCGAAGAGCUUCUUGGACGCUAUCCUAUCGUAGAAGCAGACGAUGCAUCGUCUCUCUUCAGUGGUGUAGACUACCAAAAUCUCUACGUACAAUUGCAGAACGGCGCGUUGCACCAGGUCGACACGAAGGAGAUGUCUUUCAAUCAGCCAGCACAAACCACGUUAGUGCAAAAAUUUCCGGCGUUUGCGCCCGAGGCUAGAAUCAUCACCGUCGAUGGACAUGACAUUGCAUUUGGUCUCACCAAAAGUGGUGUGCUAUUCGCCAAUGAACGCGUUCUCGUCCGCAACUGCACCUCGUUCGUGGUCACGCCAGCUCAUCUCAUAUUCACGACUACACAACACCUUCUCAAGUUUGUGCACUUGGCGACUAUAGAUGAACUCGAAGUACCAGGGGACGAGCCGCAAACGGACGAACGCUGCCGAAGCAUCGAACGUGGUGCGAAGCUGGUGACGGUCAUGCCAACAACCUACUCUGUCGUCCUGCAGAUGCCACGAGGAAACCUAGAGACCAUCUACCCUCGAGCGCUCGUGCUCGCAGCAAUUCGACGCAGUAUCGAGGCUGAUCAGUACAGCGAGGCGUUUUUUGCUUGCCGCAACCAACGUGUAGAUAUGAACAUCCUCCAUGAUCAUGACUCGGAACGCUUCAUGAAAAGCAUCGAGUUGAUUGUCACUCAAAUCAAGAAGGUUGAGCACAUUGACCUGUUCUUGUCUCAGCUUCGUAAUGAGGAUGUGUCAGAAACGAUGUACCGCGAGACUCUCAAGACGAAGGACCUCGUGAGCAAGCCGAAGCUUUCGCAAGAACAGGUGGCCAACAAGGUCAACCGCAUUUCUGAUGCAUUCCUUGCUGUGCUCGAGCAACAGCAGUACAAGGACGAACAUCUGCAGAACAUCAUCACCGCUCAUGUGUCCAAGGUGCCACCUGCGUUGGAGGCCGGGCUGGAGAUGAUUGGAAGAUUGCAGUCGUCCCAGGACCCUCUUACAGACAAAGCUGCUGAGCACAUCUGCUUCCUUGCUGAUGUCAAUCAACUUUACGAUACCUCCCUUGGUUUGUAUAAUCUGGAUCUCGCUUUGCUUGUCGCCCAGCAGUCACAAAAGGACCCUCGAGAGUACCUGCCUCAUCUUCAGUCUCUGCAAGACCUCCCUGACAUCCGACGGAAGUUCCAAAUCGAUGAUCAGCUCGGCCGUCGCGCCAAAGCACUCGCGCACCUCAAGGAACUCCAGGCAUUCGACGAAGCGCAAGACUACAUUCAGCAACAUGUCUUGUACACCGAGGCCUUGGCCAUGUAUCAGUACGACACAGCAUACCUGAAGAAGAUUAUGCGUCUCUACGCCGAACACCUCAGCAGCACAAACAAGCACGAAGAAGCUGCCUUCGCCUACGAAUACCUCAACGACCACGCCUCAGCUUGGCCCAGCUAUCGAUCCGCUAACCUCUGGCGCGAGGCUCUCUCGUCUGCAACACUGGCCGGCGUCUCUUCUGAGGAACUCUUAGAUCUCGCUUCCUCACUGGCCGAGGGCCUCAGCGAGUCGAAAGACUAUUCUUCCGCUGCAACGAUAACCCUCGACUACCUCUCUGAUCUGCCUUCUGCAGCAAGACUGAUGUGCCGCGGCCACCACUUCGCCGAGGCCACGCGGCUAGUCAUCCUCCGCCGUGAUCCUUCCCUCAUAGAAUCUGUCAUCGAUCCGUCUCUCAUCGAGCGUAGUGCAGACAUGACGGAGUUCCUCGCCGACAUGCGGUCACAACUGCUCGCUCAGGUACCUCGUCUGCAGGAACUGCGAACCAAAAAAGCCGACGACCCAAUGGCAUUCUACGAUGGCAUGGACGGCAUUGACAACAACAUACCGGACAACAUCUCGCUCGCACCCACCGAUACAACAAGCGGAGGCACUUUUAUGACGAGGUAUACGAAGCAGACUGGUACGGUAAACACGACCGCGACACGCAAAACCAGUAAAAACAAGAGACGCGAGGAGAGGAAGAGAGCCAAGGGCAAAAAGGGCACUGUCUACGAGGAGGAGUACCUCGCAAACUCUAUCGAGCGUCUCAUCGAACGCAUAAACAGCAUGCAAGACGAGAUCCGACGCUUGAUUGAGGGGCUGAUGAAGAGGGGCAUGAGAGAGCGUGCCGACGCGGUGAGUAGAGCGCACCAGGACGUUGUAGAGCGGUGUAGAGAGGCGGUGCGCGAGAUGUACCCUGUUGAUGUGGAGGCGAAGAAGGCAGAGGAUGGUGUUGAGGCUGCUGGCGUGAAUGGAGAGACGCUGAGGCCGACGGGUGGUGACGCCACGCUAUGGGAUAGUCUGCAGGAGGUGGAGAGGAAAAGAGUCGCGCCGAUUGUCAAGGGGGUUGACAGGUUAAGUUUGCUUUGA